GCGGCUGAACUGGGUCCAGUGUCGUUGAUGCGGACCAAGAGGAACGGCCAUUCCAAUCCGACCUUCAAUCGACAACCCAAGCAACACAGCGCACCAUGGCGCAAGUACUAUUUGACCUGCUCUCCUCCUUCGGGAGCUGCCUGAACUGUUUCCCCAGCUCGCCGACGCUCAAGAUCAACAACCGCAGCUUCAAGAUCCUGCGCCUGCUGGGCGAGGGCGGCUUCUCCUACGUCUACCUCGUCCAGGACACGUCCACCUCGGAGCUCUUCGCGCUCAAGAAGAUCCGUUGCCCGUUCGGGGCCGAGUCGGUCGCGCAGGCCAUGAAGGAGGUGGAGGCGUACAAGCUGUUCGCGCACAGCCCCGGCGUGAUCCACAGCGUCGACUACGCCAUUGCCACUGAGCGCGGCGGCGGCGAGCAGACCAAGACGGUCUACGUGCUGCUGCCCUACUACCGCCGCGGGAACCUGCAGGACAUGAUCAACGCCAACCUGGUCAACCACACCAAGUUCCCCGAGAAGAGGCUUAUGCUGCUGUUCCUCGGGGUGUGCAGGGCGCUGAAGGACAUGCAUCAGUACAGAGGCCCGGCUGCCGGCAGGUCCGGGGAGAGGAUGGAGAUGAGGGUGGACGGGGUGGAUGAGAACGUGAGGGCGGCGAAGGGGCGGAACGGCGCGGACGAGGACGAUGAGACGGAGCAGCAGCGGCCGUUGAUGACCGAGGACGAGAGGCUACCGGCUGCGGCGCCGGGGUCGAUGAGGAGUUAUGCGCAUCGGGAUAUCAAGCCGGCGAACAUCAUGAUCUCGGACUCGGGCACGGACCCAAUCAUAAUGGACCUCGGCUCCAUCGCCGUGUCCCCGCUGCCCAUCACCAGCCGGUCCCUGGCCAUCGCCACGCAGGACACGGCCGCCGAGCACAGCACCAUGCCGUACCGCGCGCCCGAGCUGUUCGACGUCAAGACGGGCACCGUCAUCGACACCAAGGUCGACAUCUGGUCGCUCGGCUGCACGCUGUACGCUUGCCUCGUCGGCAAGUCGCCGUUCGAGAUGCGUAGCGACGAGACCGGCGGGUCGCUGAGCAUCUGUGUGCUCUCGGGCGACUGGCGGUUUCCGGACGAGGGGCCCGGCGGCAAGCAGAAGGCCAAGGCCAAGGCGCCCGCUACUUCUGCUGCUGCUGCUGCUUCUGGCGGGGGAUCGAACGGGGCUGCGGGGUUGAAUGAUGGGCCGAUAAGUGAGCCUAUCCGGGAGGUGGUUCGGAGGUGUCUGAAGGUGGAGCCGAGUGAGCGGCCGGAUAUCGACGAGCUGAUUGACAUUGUCGAGCGGGUGGUGGAUGAGUUGCCUGAGGAUGGGGCAGCUUGAGCGUGGAAGGGCGGGGGUUUGGGAAUGUGCAUGUGUGGUGGCAUAACUGGAUUUUAUGCGGGUUCCAAAUCUAGGUUGGCGUUGGACGGCGGUCAAGAUGGCAUCAAUUGUUUGGGUGGACUUUUCUUCUUGUAUCAUGUUUCGGUGGGGGUGGUCAACAGCUCAAUAGUAUAUAUACCUUGUGCCUGGCUCUCGGGGCAAGCAGGCCUCUGUUCGCCGACGAAGU